AUCCUCGUAUGAGCUUGUCCUCGGCUCUGCAGGCGUCACUGAAGCAUGAUGCAACAGAAAUAAUAAAGAAGUGGUCGCUGCGAUCUCUGGCCGACCACGGAAUUGAGGGGGUCACGGCAUCGAAUUCCAAAUUGAUACUUUCGGAAGCCACCAAGAGGCUAGCACAUCAGCACGAAGCGUGCGUCCGCAUCCUUGAGAUCGUCAAAGAAAUCAAAUCCCGUCAAGAUAACAUAUUGAACUCCGAAGCAGCUUUCGUGUGUCAACGAGCUAUUUCCAAUUUGGAGAGUCUUCGAUAUGUGCACGCCGACACAUACAAGCUUGGGAGCGAAAUCGUUGGCAACCAGAACAUAUGGAACCGAUUUUCCAAGUCUGACAAACAUCUUUUGCACUCAACUGCCGAGCAGCUGAGAUCGAGACACGCGCGAAGCAUCGAAACGAUGGUACAAAUUGUAUCUGACAUCCGAAACAUAGAUGGCGAUGAAACUCAAGUCGAUUCACAUGUUGACGAGUUCCUACAAGGACGACUGGGUGUGCAGCUUCUUUGCGACCAUUACGUUAGACUUUACAAGGGGAGUCCGAAUGGAGGCGUGAGCGUUAACUGCUUGUUAGCAGAUGCUAUUUCAGAUGCCGUGACUGAAGCAUCUCAUAUGUGCGAUGCGCAUUUACAGAUAUUUCCAGAAACUCUGCUGCCAGAGCCCGGGCUACGACUGACCAUAGUACGGCCAUGGAUACAUCAUGCCCUUGUAGAACUGCUAAAAAAUGCAAUGGCAGCAAGUGUUGCAAAAGCGAACAGAGAUAGCAAAAACGAAGUCGAUCCAGUUCGGAUCAAUCUAGGCGAGGACGACGAAAUGAUUCUUAUUGACAUCGUAGAUGAAGGGACUGGAAUCGAACAAGAGUUUGAGGAAGUUUUUAUGCUUGGGCACUCAACUGCCGUCAAGCGAUGGGAUCGACUUGACGAGCAGCAAUCCUACGCAGCGGUUCGGUCGCCGUUAUCUAGUCUAGGGGUCGGUCUACCGACAAGUCGUUGGAUGAUCGAGUACUUCCGAGGCUCGCUUGAACUUUGGAACAACAAGGAUAUAAGUACUGGUCCUUCUAAAGGCUGCACUUCGCGACUAAGGCUAUAUCGGGAUCCAAAUAUACUGGAACAGGAACCUCGCAUAAGGCGAUAGAUUCACGCACAUUUUGAUGCUGACUUAGACUAUAGAGUCAAAAUGUCUGCAUCACUUCCCGCAUUGCCUCGGAGGGACAAACGUGUACUGGUAAAGCGAGCCAACUCUUGAUGUCUUUGAAAAUGAAUUGUAUUACCCUGAGCUUCAGUUUUUCACAACAUAGAAGGGCAUCUCUGCGACUCAUUCUAGACAGCAUUAUUUACGUGACAAACUGAAUAGGUCGCCGUGCCGGGAGAUUGGGCGAUCUGGUACAAUGCGAAGAAGAGCCCUUUACUAAGCAUUCACACCCAAAGCUUUGGCAAGGUUGUAUUUAAAAGGAUUCUGUCCGAUUUUGCGAUUGGAGGGAAGACACUACCAAUCUGAUAACUUGUGUCCGGCUGACAAGGAUGGUCUGACGUUGCAAAAGUUAUCAACGCCAAAUUUUCUCUAGCAUGUGUGGGUUCCAGGAGAAAACGGGCGGUACCCGCUGGUAUUACCGAUGAUCUUGAGGCUCCAAGACGCGAGUCGCUGCUCCCAGCGACCAUAUUUCCGCGAAAGCGAUUGUACACUGAUUGUGAAGAGAUGCGCAAGCGAAAUUAUUAUGUCUAAGGUCAAGGAUGAUUGUUCACU